AUGCCGCCGGUGCGACGCCGACGGAUCGUUUUAUACGGUGAUUCGCUCACGCAGCGGUCGUUCGAGCCGUACGGCUUCGGCGCCGAGCUCGCGAGCGCGUUCUCGCGAACGUGCGACGUGCAAAACCGAGGAUUCGGUGGGUAUAACUCGCGAUUGUGCGCCCGGAACGACGUGUUGGAGUACGCGUUCGGUGAUGACUCGACGUACCCAGGAAAGAUUUAUCUGUCGACGGUUCUGUUGGGAACGAACGAUGCGACGCGCAUGGUGAACGCGGAGAGCGAGAAGAAGAAUCGGGUGCGAGUGGACAUCUCGGAGUACGAAAAGAAUAUGUAUACAAUUUUGAAGCGCGCGGCGGAGGCGAGCGAGGUAGUGAUCGCGAUAUCGCCGCCGCCGACGUGCGACAAGCUUCGAAGACGCGCGCAAAAGGAAAAGUGGGGAGCAAAGUGGGUGGGAUCGGAAUUCGAGGAUAGACGGCCGGAUAUCGCGAAGUACGCGCGAGCGUUGAAGCGCGUCGUGAAAAGGCUCGAUGGGGAUGGGUACACGUGGGUGUACGGAUGCGAUAUACACUCGGCGAUGGGCGCCGACGCGCCCGAAAUGCUCGGGGAUGGAGUUCACUUCAACGAGGAGGGACAACAUUUCGUCGCAGAAAACAUCAUGGGCAUGCUCUCCUUCUUGAACGCCAAGGAACCAAGCUGGAACGCGGAUACUCUGCUACCAGACUUUCCGUACGGACACGAGAUCCGCGAUCCAUCGAACGCCGAGGUGUCAGAAGAAGAGCUGUUUCGACGUCACGACGAGGCGAAAGAAAAGUGGAACGAGUCGCACACACUUAACCUCGAGAUGCGACGAUCAGGAGCUACAAACCCACGAAUGACCUUCGGUGCGGCGCCAGAGUAG